AUGGGUAGACGAGAUAGAUCUUUUCCUGAGAUUUCCUUUUACAGUCAGCAGCUAGAAGAGUUAAAGCCUCCUGAAAACUUGACUGCCCACACAUUCAUGCCCAUAAAACUUCGUCCUUUUCCCAAUCCAAUUCUACCAAAAUCUCUUCUAUAUAUCUCUCUCUCUGCAAUACAUUUACACACAGCAAGGGAAAUGAAGAUCCAAUGCGAUGUUUGUGGAAAAGAAGAAGCUUACAUUUUCUGCACAGCAGAUGAAGCUGCACUUUGCCAAGCCUGUGACUGUAGAGUCCAUCGUGCCAAUAAACUUGCGAGCAAACACCCCCGUUUCUCGCUUCUUCAUUCUUCCUCCAAAGAUUUGCCUCGCUGUGACAUUUGCCGGGCUUCCACAUCCUUGAGUAAUACUGGAUCUAAUAAUGCCAAUAAAAAUUUUCAAACAAAUUCUAAUGUAAACACGUCAGAAUCAACCUCAACUACACUUUGCAGAGUUCAUAAUAACGGGUCGGAUCAAUCUGGAAGCCAAGAGGGUUCGGUAUCAACGAGUAGCAUAUCGGAGUAUUUAUUCGAGACUUUACCUGGUUGGCAUGUUGAAGAAUUGCUGGAUCCUUCUUCUUCUCCUUAUGUUUUCUUUUUGGAUAUGCUCUUUAAUCUCUUGUUUGAGAAUGUUUUAUUAUUUUCUAUUACAUUAUCUAAUGCCGCCUUGAUAGAGGGACCUAAUUGCUGUGGUACAAAGAACUACAGAGUUCUCCUAAACAGGUUCCAUCAUGUUUCCACUGCUUUUAUGGAUCUUGGAAUCAGUUAUCAAGAGGUUAUUGAGGAUGUUGUUAAGAAGAUGGGUGCUGGAAUGGCAAAGUUUAUUUGCAAGGAGAUUGAUGCCAGUGAUCCCAAUGCUACAAAAACGAGGGACAGAGUAGAAUCAAUCUUGAAAACUUUAGACGGACUCCAGAAUGUUAAACCAGAAGGUUUAGUUUCAAAGGAAAAGCGCCUUCUUAUCAGCAAAUACCUCGAAUUAAUAGAUGCUGAUGUUUGA